AUGCACCAGAGGUUGUACUCGGAAGAAGCAUUGAAUGCCAAUCUAUCAGCCCUCUCUGUCGAUGCCCAAAAACGAGCAGAGAAAGACGCUGCCAAAAAGACUGCCAAAGCCGCGGCGGCAGAACAGCGCGAGGCGGAACGGAAAGCAGAAGCCAUUGUCCUCAUAAAGCGCGUCGAACGAAACAAGCGGAAGUACGUCACUGUUGUUUCGGGCCUGGAGGAGCACGGACUGGAUUUGAAAAAGGUGGCCAAAGAGCUGGGCAAAAAAUUCGCAACGGGAAGCAGUGUCACCAAGACGGCUGCGGGAGGCGAGGAGAUUACUGUGCAAGGCGAUGUGAGUGAUGAUUUGUACGACUGGCUGGUAGAGAAAUAUCCAGAGAUACCAGAGGACAAUUUGGAUAUGAAGGAUGAUACAAAGAAGAAAGCUUGA